AUCAAUCAAUAUUGAACACAAAAAUUAAAUUUAUAUAUUUAAGCGAAUCAGGAAAUCAUGGACAAAUCAUAUUACUCUCGUUCGUCCAAAUCGAAGAAAGAUUGCAAAGAACGACUUGACUGCCAAAUGGCUAUGGUUGGUCUGGAGUCAACAGAUGAGAGUGCUUUGAGUGGCAAAAUUGAUCCGCUCAGGCCACGGGCUGAAUACGAGAAAUCCACACAAACAACGAUUUUCGUUUGCCCAUACUGCAGCGGGGACUUAAAGGCAGUUUUUCAACUCGAUAGAAAAUCCAGGCAGCAUCAGAACGACAAGAAAGAAAAACAAACACAAGUGUCUUCAAUGCCAUCGGACGAGACACCGAUCGCCGAGCAGCAGCCAACUAAGGUACCCAAAAAACCCCUUACAGAAGAGCGGACACAUUUUGAACAACAUUCUGGCUAUCAUCAGGCAGCACAUGAGGGCAGGACGAAGGCCAGGGAACAACCGAAUCCCAAAUAUGUCGACAAGCAGCCACGUUGCCAGGGGCAAUAUAGCAGCGAACUGUCUAAAACGAACCUACUGACGCACUAUCACAAAAAGUACACCAGCUAUGAACCGACAUCGUGGAUAAACAAGGAAUUGUCUCCUCCAGCCAGUGAUAGCUCAACUCAAAAGCCAAGCAAUAAGCACGACCAAUAUACUGCAGCUACUGAGCUCGACGCUCCAAGGGCUUCUUGCACGCCUAAGCAGCAGCGCAACUUCCGCAAGGUGUUAACAGUCCCACUCACAAAGAAUCAAAUUCCAGUGUGCAAUCGCAAGCAGGUCUUAUUUUCACCUUCCGACAAGGAGCUGCAUCCCGCAGUAGCCGAAGAGCCAACGACGAAACUUCACAAGUAUUCAAACUAUUUGCCCACGGACACCAAAAUUGCACAUGACGUUAGCACAGGCAAAGGUCUGGCUGCAAAGCAGCAGGCGAAUGACAAACCGAAGCCAAUGCGUCAUUUUGGCAAAUCGAAGGUUUUGGCACCACGACAAAGACAUGCUACAAAGGCAAGCCCAUUAAUAGACCCUUGUCGAGAUCGUACUGCUGGCAAUAAUUCCAGGUGUGGCAAAGCGUCUGACCCUAAAAUUACGAGGACACGCAACAAGUUCGUCGAUGACUUGUUCUUAUUUAAGCGGCUUAACUGCAAUUCCACACCGAGUGCUUCAUCUUCGAUAUUUCGUUCGAUUAAUGAUGAUAUGGCAAAGUUGUAUGAUCUAUAUGCAACGGGUUCCAGUGAAACUACACAGGCAGUCUCAGGCAGCCGGAAAGAGCCGCCAAAAAAGGAUUGGGUAGAGGAGCGGCAUCAUCUGCCAUCGCUUGGCUUGCCCAGUCCCGUCAAGGAUAAGCCGGUGAAGUCUACGUUGAAAAAGGUGGAAGCACGUCAAGAUUUGUCGUCUAUUGGAGGCUUGCAGCUCACCGCUCAGGAUAUUAUCGAUACAAAGGUUACAGCGCCAAUGAUACGGCGCGUUCAGCGCAUCUACAGAGCCAAUUUGGCUGAACAAAUGAUGCUGGUCCAGGAGCUGGACAGCAUACCAAAGUUGGUAAAAGAUAUGUUGGAAAAUUACGAAGAAAACUAAAUGUUAAACGUUCAUUGGCUUCGCUCCGCACACAAGUCGAAGCUGUUCUAAUUGGUCUAGGUAUUUGUCUUUUUGCAUUUGAAUAGAGUUCAAAGUGGUGUCCUCAAUAGUGUUGCUUUAGAUAUAGAUAGGGACAUACAUAUAU